GAGGUGAGCCGUGCUUAAAGAGCCUCACCACACAAGCAACCACACACACAGAAAGAACUUUGAGAUGGAUAAACUGGCUGCGCUAGUUGGAGACAAAGUGGGUGACAUAGUUGAGGGUGCGGUGAAGAGCGCCUUGGGUAUAGAAGACAAAGACAAAGACAAAGACAAAGACAAAGACAAAGGAGGUUUCCUGUCCCUGUUUGGAGGAGACAAGGAAGACGACGAGCGAGACAAGGACAAAGGAGGCAUGUUCUCGUUUGGCGACGACAAGAAGAAAGACGAUGACGACAAGGGAAGCUUCUUCUCCAAAAUAUUUGACCGAGACGACGAUGACAGGAAGCAGAAGCCAUCUGGCUUUAAAGGAUUGUUCAACGAGCAGGAAGGCCAGAGGGGAGGAGGAGAAGGUCCACAAGGAGGAGGAGGAAAACAAAGCGUCAAUCUAAGUGACGGAGAUUUGUUUGAUGAUCUGAUGAGCGUGGCAGAAGAAACAUCUAAAGGAGAUUAAGAUGACGACAACAUUUCACUUUUUCACUUUUCAUCCGCACGGCUGGAACCCCAGCUCACUGAAAAGAACAUUUCCUCGUGGUGGUCUUUGACAGCUAAGCUAGGCUAAACCAUAAAAACAGUAGUCGUCCCUCGCAAUGUACUGGUUUGAUUAUCGCUCCCUCACUAUAUCGCUUUUUCAGAAAUUAAUCAAUGAAUAAAUGGUGGCUGUUUGGUGGUAGACUAGGAUCUGUUAUUAGUCCAAGCAUAUUGAAAUACAAGCGAUAGUGACAAAACAUUAAGACUUUACCUUACAUUACAUUAUACCGUCUAUACUGUCAGGGGAAUCGAGAGAGGCAGGUAGUAUUUUAUCGUACUCAUCAUGCAAUUUGACUCUCAAAUACGCUUGUAUGCUCCACAGCCCUCUAUUUUGUUACAUUGCCCUGGUUUCACUUUUGAGUUCAGUCUGUACAGUACAGAUAAAUAAACAGAUAUCAGUUUCUCGAUAGCAUUUCAAAUCGGGGGGACGUGAAUCCAUUUCUGUCCCAUAGGGGAGCAUGACAGAAAAUACUUGAGAACCACUGCAUGACCUUAACUACUGCAUGAAGUCAUUAAGUCAGCCAUGGCAUAUCCGACAUGAUUGAGUGAAAAAAAAGUUCUCCUCCCAUUCCGUGUGGAAGUGGUACGUUUCUGGCUUCUUAAGUUUAAAAGAAAUCAAUUCGAGGCUAACUGGUUAGCUUGCUAGCCAGCUGCCGUCUCAAAUCCCUGCAUUAUAAGACUUGAGCAAUGUGUUGUAAACAAUGAAUAAUAUGAGUGUAAAGGUGACUUUAGUCAUUUAAUGUCUACGGGGUUCUAAAAAUGUAAAAAAAAAAACAUAUGUAGAAAGCAGUAAACAGGUUUUAUGGUCUAACUACAAAAAUAUCCAAUUUAUUAACAUUAAAUCCUAUACCACGGAAAUCCAUUUAUCGCAGUCGGGUCUGGAACCAAUGAACCGCUAUAAACGAGGGACUACUGUAGUUUCAUGUGACCGCCACAGGGUUUCAUAGACAUGCUAGCUUAGCAUGGAGCUAAGGUAGCUCAGCCAGCUCAGAGUAAAGAAUGUUUUGUUGAAUCUUGUUUCGACAUCGACAGACGAGUUUAAAUGACUGCUAUCAUGUUGUAAUUGUUGGAAUCAUAAAUAUAGUGUACACAACUAAAACAUGUCUCAUAUUUCACGCUGACAGUCCAAGCUUGAUCUCACAAAGGCGAGCAGUCGCUAUAGCAACAAGAAAUCAUCCACGCAUCCAUCUUCUUCCACUUAUCGGAGGUCAGGUCGCGGGAGCAGCAGCCUAAGCAGGGAAGCCCAAUCGGCUUUCAGCUCCAGGUUCUGAAGUGAAGCACAUCCAGGUGGCUGCACAGAGGCUCCCUCUCUCCGGCUACUUCAUCCAUCUCCUCCCGGCGGAUUCCAGGCCAGUUGAGAGACAUAGCCAUAAGCCACCUGCGGUUGCAGCGCAGUACUGGGGGUACUUAUGUGUCCAUAAAUGUCUCAUAGCAACUUCCUACAGUAUGCGUGUUUUGGUGAAACUAAGUAGAGAUGGUAAAAUGAAGUCGUGACCUUCAA